AUGGAUAAGACUAUGGCUGACAAAAGUAAGUUUGCAUUGAUUACAGGUGCAUCAAACGGAAUUGGUUUAGAAUUAGCACGUAUAUUCGCUAAAAAUAAUUAUGGCAUUAUUGCUGUUGCUAGGAAUAAGGACAAAUUGGAAAUUUUGAAGGAGGAAUUGCAAAAUUAUGGUUCUGAAGUUCACUUGUUGACAGCAGAUUUAAGUGAUUUCAAUGAAAUCAAAAGAAUUCAUGCGGAGGUUGAGAGUAAUAAUUGGAACAUUGAUACUCUAGUGAUUAAUGCUGGACAAGGAUUAGGAGGUGACUUCAUAGAAAACAGCAAAUUGGAAAAGGAAUUAGAAAUUAUUCGAUUGAAUGUUGAUUCCUAUGUCCAUUUAUCGAAAAUAUUUAUUCCCAGGUUGAUUGAAAGAGGUGGGGGGAAGGUUUUAAUGACAUCAUCUCUCUCUGGAACAACUCCUAUUCCUUAUGAAGCUGUCUAUGGAGCUACAAAGGCAUUUGUGAAUUCGUUUUUCUGGGCUGUUCGGAACGAGCUUAAAGGGAAAGGUGUAGAUAUGACUCUUCUUAUGCCAGGGGCAACAGAAACAAAUUUUUUCAAAAAUGCUGGCCUUGCUGAAAGUUUGAUUGGAGCUGGUGAGAAAGAUGAUGCAAGAGACGUGGCUGAAAGAGCAUGGUAUGCCUUACAGAGUGGCCAUGAAUACGUUUAUGGUAGUGAGAAGGCAGAAUAUGAAGGUGAUGUAUUGAAUAGAAUUCAAAGUGAACUGCAAAAAGCUCAGAGGCAUAGAAUUGUAUCGGAAAUUAAGAAGUGA